UCCCACCACCGAUCCGAGUCAACGGCUUUCCUCACUCGACGUCUUCCGUGGCCUCACCGUCGCGUUAAUGAUUCUAGUUGAUGAUGCGGGAGGAGCAUUCCCGUCCAUAAAUCACUCACCGUGGUUCGGUGUGACACUCGCGGAUUUCGUGAUGCCGUUUUUCCUCUUCGGUGUGGGCGUCUCCGUCAGUCUAGCAUUCAAGAAAAUGUCUAGCAAACGAAUGGCUACAAAGAAAGUCAUACUAAGGACCCUUAAGCUUUUCCUCUUGGGCUUGUUUUUGCAAGGUGGGUAUUUUCAUGGGCGUAACCAUUUAACAUAUGGAGUUGAUGUGGGCAAGAUACGUUGGCUAGGUGUAUUACAGAGGAUAUCAAUUGGAUAUCUGUUGGCAGCAAUGUCGGAGAUCUGGCUAGUUAACAACAACAUGGUUGACUCACCAGCAACUUUUGUGAGGAAAUACUACAUUCAGUGGAUGUUUGCUAUCUUACUGUGCUCAGCUUACAUGUGCUUGCUCUACGGGCUUUAUGUUCCAAACUGGGAUUAUGAAGCUUUAAGCAUGAAUUUUCCUGGUGCAUCUGAAUCUCAAAUUGUUCAUUGUGAAGUGAGGGGAAGUCUUGAGCCUCCUUGUAAUGCAGUUGGCUUGAUUGAUCGAAUUAUUCUUGGUGAGCAUCAUCUUUAUCAACGUCCUGUGUACAGAAGAACAAAGGAAUGCAGUGUUAAUUCUCCUGACUAUGGACCUCUGCCACCAAAUGCACCUGGGUGGUGCCUUGCACCAUUUGAUCCAGAGGGCAUCUUAAGUUCAUUGAUGGCUGCUAUCACAUGUUUUGUGGGAUUGCAUUUUGGGCACAUACUUGUGCAUUUUAAGGGCCAGAUGCAGAGGGCAUUUUUGUGGUCCAUGUUAUUGUUCCCUCUACUAAUCGCAGGAUAUGUUUUUGAGUUGCUAGGCAUUCCUAUCUGUAAACCUCUAUAUACAUUGAGCUAUAUGUGCAUCACUGCAGGAGCAUCAGGCCUGUUCCUAACCAUUAUCUAUUUCGUAGUUGAUGUCAAAUGUUUUAGAAAGCCAACAAGAUUACUAGAAUGGAUGGGGAUGAACGCUCUCAUCAUAUACGCUGUGGCUGCUUGUGACCUUUUAUCCGCAGCUCUGCAAGGUUUCUAUUGGCGUUCACCUGAAAACAAUCUGGUUGAUGGCACAGAAAUGUUAUUUCAGGCUAUGCUUCAUUCGAGAAAGUGGGGUACCCUAGUGUUUGUAUUGCUUGAAAUUUUAUUUUGGGGUCUCGUUGCUGGUUUCCUCCACAUGAAAGGCAUAUAUAUAAAACUGUAAAUCAUAAUGACAUGUACAUGCUCUGUAUCUCCCCUGUGAAUGACAAAAUUUUCCAUUGUGCAUAAGCCUUUAAACUUUCCUGAACGCCAUCUUAUGUGCGUUUUCGCAUAGGAUUAGAACAUCUCUGUGUGCCCGGGUUUGUACUUCUCUUCCUUUGUUGUCCAACUAGUCAAAAGCCAAACGUUUCUAACAAUCAUGACCUGCAAUAGAAGUCUUAUUACACAAUUCUGAAUCAGCAUACCAACUUAAUCUAGACCAUGAAAUGAAUUCUCUCCAUCGUAAUCCUUUGGUUUUGCUAGGCGACAAUGGCCAAGGCCCCAUUUUGUUGUAACUAGGUCUAUGGCUGUUCAGACAUUAGACCAUGGCACCAUUGUCUCUAAAGGUGUUGGGGAUGGAGGCAUGACAGAAUAUUGUUUCAAGAUUAAGCAUUGUUCCUUUUUAUCGGUAAGGAGGGACCUGCAAAAGGAAAACUGACAGUUCCAGAUAAAGUACACUGAGUUAUCCGAAAAAACCAAAGUUAAAACAUCCACAGGAAGGCAUAAUUACAGUCUAUCAUCGAAUUGCAACCGUUUCUAGCUGGGCUGUCGGUAACUCUAUUAGUUUCCCUGUAGAUGUGAGUAAAAAACCACUCCAUUUUGACGGCACCACAAAGGACCAGAUACCUAAACAUAGAUAAUGUUUCAAGGAGCAGAGAUUAAGUUGGAGGAGUGAUACUUGAAAAGUAUAUUCUCAACCAAUCUUCAUGGGGUAGGGAGAGGGAGUUGAUGCCCUAAUCCAGGAUUCCAACACGAUUGCAGAAAAUUUGUGGCUGCAAAACAAAGAGAAAGAGCUGCAUCCUUAUUGUUUCCUUUGGAAAAUCCUUGAAUCAGUUGCCGGUUUGCAAGUUUUUUAUUUUACAGAGAUUACUGACAAGGGAGGCCAGCAGUAGAUGGCAGAGACUGUCACAUUUGAUAUGUAAUGAAUUUAUUAAAUAUUUCUAGACACUAGUAGUUGUAUAUAUUUUAAGAUGAAUGUAAUGAUGCUUAUGUUUUAGCGCUCAAUCCCAAAGGUGAUUUAAUCUGU